AUGAUCAGUGCUAAGAAACUCAUCAAGAUAGCAAGGAAAUGGCAGAAGUUUGCAGCCAAGCAAAGAAAGAGAAUUUCAGUACCAAGAUCCAAUAACUAUGACACAGAGAGUUGCAGUACAACUUAUUCUAUAGUUGGAAAAGGGAAUUUUGUGGUUUAUACAACUGAUCAGAAGCGAUUUGUGGUUCGUUUGGCUUAUCUACAACACGAGAUAAUCAGACAACUAUUGCACAUGUCUGAAGAAGAGUUUGGACUUCCAAGUGAUGGCCCUAUCACAUUACCAUGUGAUGCCUUAUUCUUGAAUUACAUCAUAUCACUCAUCAGAAGAGGUGUAACUGUAGAUCUUCAGAAUGCAUUGCUUGUAUCAGUAGCUUCUAGUCGAUGCUCAUCUGCUUUAUACCUUCAAGAACAAAGAAACCCGGAAUUGCUAGUUUGUUGA